AUGGAGGGACCAGGAAGUGAAGGAGCAGCAGCGGCACCGCUGGCUCAAUGGAGGAGCGAUUUUUCGAGAGCAUUCCAGCACUAUUUGGAUCGGUCAACGCCUCACACUGUUAAUCGGUGGCUAGGAACCCUUGCUGUGGCAAUGAUUUACAUUCUGCGUGUGUACUAUGUUCAAGGGUUCUAUGUUAUCUCCUAUGGCCUGGGGAUCUAUGUCUUGAAUCUCUUGAUAGGCUUUUUCUCACCGAAGGUGGACCCGGAGCUUGAAGCCUUGGAUGGGGCUUCAUUGCCAACAAAAGGUGCUGAUGAGUUUAGGCCUUUUGUUCGCCGCCUUCCCGAGUUUAAGUUCUGGUAUUCCAUCACAAAGGCAUUUAUUGUUGCAUUUAUGUUGACCUUCAUUUCUGUGCUGGAUGUACCUGUUUUCUGGCCAAUAUUGUUAUGCUACUGGAUUGUUCUAUUUGUCCUCACAAUGAAACGGCAGAUCCUACACAUGAUCAAAUACAAAUAUGUUCCAUUUGAUAUUGGAAAGCAGCGGUACACUGGGAAGAAGUAA